CACACGUACUCGCAGCGUGCGAUGAGCGAGUGACGCGUCGGUGCAGCAAGUGAAUUAGCGAACAUGUCGGAGCUGCGAGGGUCUCCGCCGCGCGGGCUGGAGGGAGGGUUCGGGGCUCCGCUGGCGGCGCUGAGCUCGCUGGCGGAGGCUCCGCCGCCGGCGCCGAACCCGCACGGCAUCGACCACAUCCUGUCGCGGCCGGCGGUGGGCGGCGGCGUGGGCGCGGGGCUGCUGGCGCCGCGGCUGUCGCUGGCGGCGGCGGCGGCCGGCAUGGCGCACUACCUGCAGCACAAGCCGCUCUACUGGCCCGGCUUCCAGGGGCUCGUCUCCAACCCCAUGGCCUGGCGGGAACGCCUGCAGUCCAAUUUUGUUGCAGUGAGCAACGGCGCGCUCAGCGCUUGCUCCCAGGGCGGCAUGGACAAGGACGGCAAGAAGAAGCACACGAGACCAACCUUCAGUGGCCAGCAGAUCUUCGCGCUGGAGAAGACCUUCGAGCAGACCAAGUACCUGGCCGGCCCCGAGAGAGCCAAGCUCGCGUACGCGCUCGGCAUGACUGAGUCACAAGUUAAGGUCUGGUUCCAAAACAGAAGAACAAAAUGGCGGAAAAAGCACGCGGCCGAGAUGGCGACCGCGAAACGUAAGCAGGAGGAGCUCGGCGAGGAGUGUGACGAUCAGGAGCAGCAUGACAACGAGUGCAGUGACGAGGAGGAGGCGAAGAGGCCGCGCCUCGACCUUCACCACAUGCACCACCAGCUGCCCCACCGGCAGUGACCCCCGGGCCCGGCCCCCGACACCGCCGAGCUGGUCCCGCAGCCCCGAGAAUACCCCGCGUACAAGGAGGACGACGCCCCAUGCGACCUCUCCAACUGGCAGGUCCGCCGCUAUGACGCGCCGCGUGACGGCGACCACCUCCCCGGCGACGCCGUCAGCGGCGACGAUGACCAGCCCAUCAACUUCGCCUACUACCACUUCUAGUGACGCGAGCGCGGCUUCAGGACUAGUGUGCACUCUGUGUCGGUGAUAGACUCUCUGAACUUACCUAUAAUUAUUAAUAUUUAAUUGAUACCUUUUUACAGUCACAUUGUUUCUUAAAACUUUCAAACGUGUGUCAGAUACUGUAAGCGCUAUGUAAAAACAAUUAUAUUUAACUAGCUUUAUAUAACUGUAAAUAUUUAUUGUAUAAGUAGUCAUGUGAUAAAUUAUAAGUAAUUUAUUGAUAAUUUUAGAUUUUACAUGUAUUUUGUGAGCAUAAAGUUGUAAAUUGUAUGAAUCUUGAUACCGGUGCCAAUUUCCUACAUGUAGUUAUACAUACUUCGAGUUAAAUGAAGUAGUUGUUAUGUUAAAGUUAUAGAAUUUUCCUAAUUUUCGCUCAGUGCCAGGAUAAACUAUUUAAGUAGUAAUUGAGAAUAUAGUGCCAUAAAUAUUAAGUUGCGCUUGUUCAGACGUACUUCAUAAUUACCUAACUUUGGUCUUAAUCCAAAAUUAAAUGACGCCAAAGUUCAACAACCUUGUUCAAACUGUAUAAUUUUAUAGACGGCCAUUAGCAUACUGCAAAAACAAUGACUGACACUUAAUUUAACGGUGUUUUUUGUCAGCAGUCAUUAUUUAAAAAUAUAAGAACAUGAAAAAUAUGAACAUAUCUACUGAAAGAUCGGACGGCCGCCAUCUUUAAAAUGCAGCCGCGCGACGGCCGACGGGUUAAAACUCACAAAUGUUCUCUAAGGUUAAAAGACAUUUUUGAUUCUAUUUAAAUUAUUUAAACAAUCUUAACACAUUUUUGUAACGUUGGUUGUUUUGGCAAUUUUAAUAUCAAUAAAGUUUUCGAAAAGCCGCAGUUUUAGAACGAAUUACUUUUUCAGAGAAAAUAAGCUUUCAAAUUCUUUUAUUAUUAGGUUUAUCCUACGGUCAUACCUCUAGGGAACGACAAGAAUUUGUACAGAUUUCCUUCUUAUUAAGUAAGUGUAAAUAUAACGAUAUUUGUAACAACCACGUCGCUGGAGGCAUCGCAAUAUGUAUAUUGUACAUUUUAACUAUAAAGUUGUAAAUAGAUAUUUAAACGAAUUUAACUAUUGUAACUAAACUACGAGUAGUGAACACCACGCGACAGUAUUACUAUUUAAAAGCUAAAUGUGCAUUAUUUGUACCGGACUGUUUUAACUAAAAUUAUCUUCUUUUUGUUAACACAUUCAAACUUACAUAAUAAAAUGGAUGGUUUGUGCACUCAUUAGGUACUCUACUGUAAGAAUUUUAAUUACUGUUCUGCGAAUUUUAAAAACAGCAAGAUGUAUUUUGAAAAAUGUUUGACCUUGAAAAAAGCUUAGUAAUGUUUAUGGAGACAAUCCGAUGUAUAUGAUUGUUUAAUGGUUUUCAUUUAUAUGUGCACAUAUUUUUUUAUCGCAUGCAACUUUAAUCAUAAAAACCUCAAAUACUGCACAUUUGUCUCUCAAACAUCUAUUAACACUAAAAUAAGUUUAAAUAGAAAAUGAGCUUCAAAAGUAUCGAGAUUAAUUCGCUUAUAAAUGCACAGAAUAUUAAAUAAAAUACUAUAAGUGUGUGUACCAUAUUGACAGCUUGUCACAACCCACCAGUUGACCUUGACCUCUCAAAGUCUCAAGGUCGAAGGUCAUCUCAAAAUAAUCAUGUUUAGAUCAUAAUGAGCGUGGACAUACUACGUAAUGUGGUUGAAAUAAAAAGUUAGUAAAAAUAUUA